AUGAAGAAACACUUCCUUCGUCUUCCAAAACUGAAUAAAACUGAAAUUAUUAAUCCUGCUGAAAUAUUGAAUAAGUCUAUUGCUAAUUUUAUUGCAUCUUUAUAUGCUAAUCCAAUUAUACCUAGAAAUGUUAUACAAAUAGUUGUUGAUGGUGUGGAACAGAUUUUUUCUGAGGGAUCUUAUGUAGAACCUAAAGAAAUUGUUAUUGGCCAACAUUUAAACAAAGUAAUUAAAAAAGGUUUGUCUGUUCUUGAACCUAUUAACUGUACUGAACAAUUUAUUCCAUUGCGAAAAGUCCUGAAACAAUUUUUUUGUCUUGAAAAUGUUCUUGGUGAAACCCUGGAACACUUGGCUAAUUUAAUGAAUGAUAAAAGUGUUUUAAGGAAUUUUGUUCAGGGUACCUUUUGGCAAAGCAGACUGAAAAAAUUUGAUGGUAAAACUGUCUUACCUCUCUUUAUGUACUUUGAUGAUUUUGAAAGUGGUAAUGUUCUUGGGAGUCAUUCUGGUGUUCAUAAACUGGGAGCAGUGUAUGUAUUGGUCCCAUGCAUACCACCUCACCGUACAUCUGUUUUAAGUAAUAUUUUCCUUGCUUUACUUUUUCACUCUUGUGAUAGAGAAACUGGUAUAGAAAUAGAUACUCCUGUAUUUAAAGGUGUAUUAUACUUUGAUUUAGGAUUAAUCAUUGGUGAUAAUUUAGGAAUCCACUCAAUUAUUGGUUUAACUGAAAGUUUUUCCUCAAAUUAUUCAUGUCGAAUUUGUACUAUAAAAAAAAAUGAUUUAAAAUUUCAAUGUUACGAAGAUGAAAGUCUACUAAGGUCAAUUGAUCAAUAUUAUAUGCACUUAGAAAUGAACAAUCUAAGUGUCACUGGCAUAAAAGAAAAGUGUGUGUGGUUAGAUGUUAAAAAUUUUAAUUUGUUUGACCAAGUAGGCGUUGAUUUAAUGCAUGAUAUUCUUGAAGGAUGUGCUAAAUUAUUUGCAUUUGAUUUUGGACCUGAGAAAAAUAAACCGUGUACAAUUAAUAUGGAUCACAUUAAUGUAGGAAAUGUAAAACAAUCGGCAUCUGAAAUGUUAAUACUAGUAAGAUAUUUUGGAUUAAUUAUUGGCGAUCUUAUCCCUAUUGAAGAACCAGUUUGGGUUCUAUAUAUAACUUUACGUAAAGUUUUAGAUAUCAUGCUAUCACCUGCGCUUGAAGAAGAAAGUAUUUAUUUACUAAAAACUUUGGUAGCAGAACUCAAUGAACUUUAUUUGAAAUACAGCAAAAAUUGUCUUAAACCUAAAUUCCAUUUUUUGGUACAUUACCCCUCUAUGAUUCAAAAGUUUGGUCCGGUUAGUCAUAUUUGGACAAUGAGAUAUGAGGCCAAACAUAGAAUUUUAAAAAUUUGUGCUAGAUCGUCUUUCAACAGACGAAAUCUUUGUUUAACUUUGGCAAUUAAACACCAAUUACAACUUAAUGAAACAUUUUAUAAAGGUCGAUUAUGUCCUACUAUUGAUGUAGGUCCUUGUAAGAUAAUUAAUUCAAUUAAAUGUGAAAAAAUUAUUAAUGAACUCAAUCUUGAUCCCAAAGAAACAUUAUUUCCUGUUACUUGGGCUACUGUUAAAG